AUGUCUACCCAAGCGUCAAGUGACAACCCUACGUACAUACCUCGGCCCUACGAAAUCAACGUCGACCCCGCUUUUCUUGAGCAGACACGCUCCAAGGUAGCCAGCUUUCGUUCCACCGCUGAUAUUGCUGCGCCAGCCUGGUUUGACGGUCCACCCAGCUCCAACAUAUCCUCCAUCGCCGCGUACUGGUCUGAAGAAUACGACUGGCUGUCAGAGCAGAAAAGAUUGAACGAAGAAUUUGACCAUUAUAUAACCACGGUACCACCGCCAGGGGAAGGUUACAACGACUCUCUAGACAUUCACUUCAUUCACCAGAGGAGCGAAAAAGCAGACGCUAUCCCUCUUCUGAUGUUACACGGCUGGCCUUCUACAAGCCUUGAGUGGGAGAAAGUCAUUCCCGAGCUCACGAAGCCAUCCAUCAACAAUGCUACUUCCUUUCAUGUCGUAGCACCUGACCUUCCGGGCUUUGGCUUCUCACCAGCUCCCAGAACACCUGGGCUAAACGCUACCUUGCACGGUGUAGUAUUUGCAAAUCUUAUGGAACAGUUGGGCUAUGAAAAAUUUGCAAUCUACAGCACGGAUCUUGGAGCCCUCAUCGGUCUCACGAUGGUAAGCACGUACGAAAACCGCAUCACACACCACUUCAGCGAUUUCCUUUACGUGAUUCCCAACGAAAAUGACCUUGCGCGCUAUGCUACAAACCAGACUACGCAGGAAGAGUCGGAAUACAUCCCGUCCGUACAGGCCUUUUUCAACCAACACUCGGCUUAUGCAGCAAUCCACUCAAGCUACCCUCUUUCCAUUGCGUACGCGCUCAACGACAGCCCCGUCGGCUUUCUAGCCUGGAUGUACCACCUGGUUUACACUGGCAGUGACAUCGCGUAUACCGAGGAAGACAUUAUCAGACAAGCCUUCUUACUUUACGCCCCUGGUAUUUACGGAAAUAUAAGGAGUUACAAGGAGCUAUUUGACAACUCGUUAUUUGCGCCUGCGAAAAGAUCAUCGGUGCCGACAAGCGCACUGCAGUUCAAACUUCGAGGCGACCCAACGUUUGCGUACCCAGAGAUCAAGUACUUCAAUUUUGUACCCCUAAGUUGGCUGCAAAGAUUUCACAAUAUAACAAAUCUAGCACGUUACAAUGAAGGUGGGCAUUUCCCUGCCGAGAGCGUACCACAUCUUGUGGUCAAGGAAAUCAGAGCGGCAUAUGCCUCUUAGUCAC